CAUUCAUCCGCAUUUAAAAGCUCCGAUUAAAUGUCUUCUCAAUUCUCCCCAUCCCUGUACCCCACCAGGUCUUAAAUUCAAUAUUGCGUUCUAUAAGAAGACCCCUGUGUUCCUUUUCCUCUGUGCUAACGUUCACUUCUUACAUUUCAACAUUCAAUAUAUCCCACAGCCUGGCGGUGAGUUACAUCGCUUGGAAAUUCUUUUGUGUGCCGAUGGAUUGAAAAAGCAAUCGGACCAUGUUCAGAUUAUUUUAUAUGCAAUGAGUAAUGGUAUUUUUACGAAGGAAGAGAAAACCCGCGCACAAUACUGGAAUCAAUAAGCUAAAUAAAAUCUAAACGGGAUAUACAGGGGAUUCUCGAUCUUAUAUCUUUGAUAUGGGGUGAAAAUCUCAGUAUUUACUGAAUAGGGUAUUUAUUUUUUUUUUUUAAAUUUCGUAUUGGAUGUUUUACUUUUAUGGAGUAGGAAGUUCCUUUUUCUGGCGGCGUAUUCAAUAAAAAGCCUGGAGAGGAGUUAGGAUUGUUCGUUUUUUACAUACAAACGAUAAGUUGAAUUGUCUAAGAUGUUUGCUUUCCCCACUGGAAGAAAAAGUAUAUAAUAGCGAUAAUCUCGUAUAUCGUUCAUACGGAGGAUAUUUAUUGCCCCCAUCAAUAUCUGGCAAUAGAUACAAAACUCAAGACUUGAUUUAAAAGAGUUGCAUUUGAUAGCGCGAUUGAAUUUUCCUGUGAUACGGACCAUUUGGCGAUAGUGGAAAUGCAAGACCGUAUCACAAAGUAAGGAUUGGGGACAAUUUAACCGAGUGUUAUAUGAUCUGGGGUGAUAAUUGAUAGACAAUUGACUGUGGACAUUGUGUAGAUGAAAAUUAACACCUCCAUAAACGGAUGUAUAUUACGGCCAUGGGGUAGAUAAGGAUUUUACUUUGAAAACGACGGUGUGUCAUACCAAAAGGAGAGACAUGGCGGGGUUACACGGAAUCGAAGCCCUUUUUCGGGAACAUAAGAGACUGGCAUCAAAGCUGACGAAGGAAGAAAUGCGGGCCUUACGUAGUUACCUUGACAACCGACUAGUUGCGGAACACAGCGAUCUGCUAUUUAAUAUCAAAACUUUGAAGACAAACUUCGACAUGAAAACGCUACAAAUGGAAGAAACAAUAGCAAAACUACAGAAGGAAGUAGAAUUGAAAAACGAGUUGAUGCAACAGUACAAAUCUACUGAUACGAAUUUAGCAACAGUCCAUAAACGCCGAGAGGAAAGAUUGGAGAGGGAACAAACUAUUCUUCAUACAGACAUGGAAAGACUGAAAACUGAAAUUCUCUCUCUUACUCAUGAAAUAGAAGUCAUUACCCGCGAACGUAAUUUAUUAGACAAGGAACUCCAAGACGCGCGGAUUAAUAUUUCUGAUUUAGAGAGAAUUGCGGCGAAGGUGGAGGCUGCUGAGAAAUUGAUUAUCGACAAUGAAAAAUUGAAACAGGAUGUAAUUCGGUGUAAAAUGAACGUGGACAACAGAGAUAGAGAAAUCCAAAGGCUUCACAUGGUGAAUGAAAACUUAUCAAAAGAAUUCUCUGAAAAGAGCAAGUUGUUAGCUAAGCUCAAGGAAGACUUUGAAAGCUGUCGCACUGAGAUAACGCGACAGGCAAAGGAACUGGCUGUAAAAUGUGACAGUCUUGCGAUUGCUAGACACAAUCUGAAUAUAGAAAAACAAAAGGUGCGUGAUCUUGAAAAUGAACUGAAAAUGCUACAAGAGGAGAAAGAACAUAAGCCCGAAAAUGGUCGAACAGAUUCGUUGGCAUUGCGUGUUGAGCUACUGAACAUUCACCAAAAGCACUUGGAAGGGAGGGUCCGACUUCUCGAAGAAAAAGUACAAAUGUAUCGUAAUCAAGCGAGAGUGUUGGGUCAUGAUCUUGCCAAAAUUGCACAAGAUAUCUCAAACCUUUCUCAGCUCAAAGACAAAGUAGUUCUUCAUGGUACGACUAUUGUCGAAAAGCUACUAAUAGAGAUAGAUGAAAGCCUUCAGAACAGACGGGCAAACAUGGAGACCGUAGUUAAUGAUUUAUCAGCUCAGGUGCCUGCUAUUAUAUCUAAAGAUGUACUGGCUAUCAAACAAGACGUUAUGGCAGUCAAAAAGCAAGCAGAAGCUUUCAAAGCUACAGAAAUAGCAAACAAAUGUUUCCGUCUCGUUCAACGUAUUGAGGCCUGUGAGAAAACCCAAAUGUUUUUUACACCGCCAAAGGGAUCCCUAAACCCUUCUUCGACAAAUGGUUUAAAGGACAACAAUGACAAUAUCGUUCUGACAUCACCCAGAGCGGAAAUGGAUAAAACAAGGCGACGAUCCGAUAGCAUGGUGAACGAGGUUUCCAAGUCCCAGCCUUGUUUUGUGAAAAAGAAACCCCCAACUCCCGUGCAUCUGCUUCGUUCCCGCAUGACUCAGCCACCAACCCCAUUCUCUGCCUGGCGCAGACGAAGCUCUGUUUCUUUUGAUACUCCUCACAGUGUAACCCCCACAUUAAUUGACUUAAAUCUAACUUCACCCAGAGCCCAGAGUCCAAGGGAAAAAUCAAAAACAUUCUUCCCCUAGUAUUUACCUGAUAUAUAUGUCACUCCAAGUUGAAGAAAAUAAUGUUAACUUUACACAACUAUUAUAAAUACAUAUAUUUGUGAACUCGAACUCUCUCUCUCUCUCUCUCUCUCUCUCUCUCUCUCUCUCUCUCUCUCUCUCUCUCUCUCUCUCUCUCUCUCUCUGAACUCGGAAUGAUAAGUUUAUAAGCUAUAUAACGAGAAUUUCUCUUUUAUUGAUCAUUUGAGGUGGCUCUAGAUGUUUACUAAUGGAAAGAUGUUCUCAUUAUUCUAUUUUUCUAUGUACUUUUGGCAUUGUUACACAAGAUACCAGUACAUACUAGUAUGAUGUCGAUUUCAUACAUCUUUUUAGUUACAUGUUUGUAAAUGUAAUACUUUUAAUAAUUAUAUCCGGAAAAGAAUGCAUAAUAUUUUGUUAUCUGUAAGACUUUAUUAUUUCAUCAUUAUAUUUGUGGUUAUUAUUGUCUUUCAAUGUAUAUAUUCA